AUGGCAUUGCAAAUGUUACUGUUUUGGAUGCUUGUGUUAGUCACGUGCUCAGUCAAUGCAUUCGCGCUAGCAUCAAACGUAAUAAGCAAUUCAUGUCCAGAAGACUGUGGGAAUAACGUUAGCAUUCCAUACCCUUUUGGAGUCGGAAAUGGUUGCUACGUCGGAGAUUGGUUUGAAAUAGUCUGCAGAAAUGACACAUAUAAUGAUCUGGAAUUUCCAAAGUCCUUUUUGAAGAGGUUCAACUUGGAGGUGCUGGAGAUUGACAUAGAUGCAGCCACAGUUCGCGUCCGCUAUCCCAUAUUUUCGAGCUGUACCGGUGGCAUGGACAGGAAAAAGAAUCAGGAGUUAGAGAAAAGUCCUUUCAUCUUCUCCUCCUACAACAACAGCUUCGUUGCCAUGGGUUGCAACAACUCUGCCUCCAUGUGGUCCUUGCCCGAGGAAUCGAUUUCAUAUGGUGGGUGCAAAUCCCCUUGUGACAGAGGUCCAUUCAGAAAUGGAAGUCGUUGCAACGGGACAAACUGUUGCCAAACAACAAUCCCUUCUAAUCUCCAUGCAUUCACUACAACUAUAGAGCCGACAAGUAGUAAGUACUGCAACUAUGCAUUUUUGGUUGACCAGGAUUGGUUUGAGAACAAUUUCACAAUGCCGAAUCCAACUAUGUCCGUUCCAGUGGUAUUGGAAUGGGGGCUUGACGUUACUUCUUUCUAUUCUCUUCCCACAAUGAAAAACGCGACGGCAAGGGAAUACAAGGACUCGACCUAUUUUUGUCGUUAUGAUUAUCCUACUAUUGGGAACAGCAUGAGCAGCCGAGACUCUACUAAGGGGUGCAGGUGUCGGAGAGGCUACAGAGGAAAUCCGUAUCUUCUAGGAGGAUGUGAAGAUAUUGACGAAUGUGCAGACCCUUUCCUCAACUACUGUACAAAUACUCGCUGUGAAAAUACAGAAGGUUAUUUCCGUUGUGUCGCUGCUAAGAACAUUAGGCCUUUCAUAAUCAUUGGUGUUAGCGCGAGCCUUGGUGUCUUAUUUCUGAUUUUCGGUGGAUGGUGGUCGUACAAAGUGAUAAAGAAAAGGAUGAGGAUUAAACGCAAGGAGAAGCUCUUUAAACAAAAAUGUGAACUACUACUAGAGCAACAACUUUCUACAAACAACAAAGACAGUGUUGAGAAUACCAAAUUGUUUAAUUCAAAGGAAUUGGAGAAGGCCACUGAUCGUUUUAGUGCAGAUAGAAUAAUUGGACAUGGUGGACAAGGCACUGUUUACAAAGGUAUGUUGGCUGAUGGAAGAAUUGUUGCAAUAAAAAAGUCCAACGUAAUUGAUGAAGAGAAACUUCAAGAAUUCAUAAAUGAAGUCGUGAUUCUUUCACAAAUUAAUCACAGGAAUGUGGUUAAGCUGCUCGGCUGUUGUUUGGAAAUAGAAGUUUCGCUUCUAGUUUAUGAAUUCAUUCCUAAUGGAACUCUUGCCCAAUAUAUCAUUGGCCAAAAUGAGGAGUUUCCACCAACAUGGGAUAUGCGUUUACGAAUUGCUAUAGAAGUUGCAGGGGCUCUUUUCUACUUGCAUUCAGCAGCUUCUUCACCAAUUUACCAUCGCGACAUUAAGUCUACAAACAUCCUCUUAGAUGACAAGUAUAGAGCAAAAGUAGCAGAUUUUGGAAUUUCAAGAUCUGUUGCUAUCGAUCAAACUCAUCUAAGCACACUAGUACAUGGAACUUUUGGAUAUGUAGACCCUGAGUAUUUUCGAUCAGGCCAAUUUACAGAUAAGAGUGACGUUUAUAGUUUUGGUGUUGUGCUUGCUGAGCUCUUGACUGGAGAAAAAGCUAUCUCAUCAUCAAGAACCAGAGAUACCAAAAGUUUAGCUGCAUUUUUCGUUAGUUCGAUGGAAGGGAACAAUUUAUUUGACAUCCUUGAUAAUCGAGUUUUGAAGGAAGCAGAAAAAGAAAAAAUCAUUGCGGUUGCAAACCUUGCAAAAAGAUGCUUGAACUUGAAUGGAAAGGAACGACCUUCUAUGAAAGAAGUUGGAAGGGAAUUGGAGGCCAACCAAAUGACGCCAAAAGUUUCUACCCUUAAAGAUAAAUAUGGAGAGAUUGAAGAUGUCGGAAUUGAAAUAUCCAAGGAAUAUGAUGUUGUUUCUAUAUCAACAACAUCAGGUAUGGAUGGUAUACGACCUGAUCUUUAG